CAGUAAGUUAGACUUUGUAUAAACUGCCAAAUGCCGUUGUGUAAAGGAACAUCCCUGCGUGAAGUUUAACCGCAUGGGAGCGGAAGAGAGCAAAUCGUUUCGGCCACAAGAGCCGCGUGUGCACCAAGGCAUUACCCAAGACGCGUACAAAAACGCCCUGAAGUUAGAAGACGUUCGAAAGCCGGUAGACGAUGCUAGAGAGCGAAAACGAACUAACGAAGAAGUGCGUCACCACGAUAGAAGAAAGGAACGCCAGGAAAAACCGCACCAUGGCGAUAACGAGCGAAAGAAACAAAAUUCUGAUCGUCAGGAGUCUAGUUUAGAAAAGGAAAGAAAAGAACGCCGGAAAAACGAUCAUGACAAAACUUCAGAACGUGAUAAACGACGUCACCGUGACAAAAGUAGGGAUGACGUCACGAAACGACGAUCACGUCAUCGACGUACGUCAUCAAGGGGAAGCACCAGUUCCGAUCAUAAGGAAUUAAAAGAAAAAAACAAACAAGAAGGUAAACGGGAAAGAAAACAACGAAGUGACAAAUCUUCUAGCCGCAAGGUGGGGAAAGAGGGCAAUCGUAAAAAGAAGAAAAAAGAAAAAGAAACAAAUUCGCAGAGAAGCGAACCCAAUUUCACAACCAUUCAAAAUUCUCGUGUCGGCGAUUGGCUUAAUUCUGCAAACAACUUCCCACCUCAGCCUCAAUAUGGAUCCAACCCCGGAAACUUCUACGGAUCCUUACCACGUGACAUGACAGGGGUCAUUCCGGGGUCACAUGAAUUGGUUGACGGACUCGGCUACCCUGUGGGAAGAUUUCAACCCCAAGUUCAAUUCCUACAUCGCCCCGACGGAGCACCUUUAGGUGUUUACCCCGGGUAUUCCCCAAUGUACGACUCUUACGCAGCACAUGGUGUACCAGGAUAUUUCCCCCUACCUUACCCAUACAUGGUUGAUCCACAGUAUCUUGAAGAUGUUGGAUACGGCGGGAAUCCACGACAGAAAUUCAACAGUAGAAGACAUCGAAGCAAAUCCUACAACGCUCUUGAAGAAAUGGAAGCUGAUUGGACGAGAAGUGGUCACGAGACCAAACAACAUAAAAAGAAGAGAAGUCGUUCAAUGGACAAGUCCGCACCUAGCUUACUGACACCGUCUAGCGGACAGUAUUUUAACGACAUCGAACCAACUCGUAAAUUGUUGGCACAUGAGGAUUACAAAGCAAACCAAGAAAUUUAUGUUGAUGACGUUACAGUCGCUCAUCCAAUCACAGUUCCCCAAACUUUCGACGAUGAUGACGUAGAAGAUAUGACGUCAUCAUCGAGUUCCUCCGAGAGCGAGUCGUCGUGUAAUGACAUCAUAAUGGAAGAAGCGACGUCACCAAUCGAAUCCUCUGUGACGUCACAAGGGGUUUUAUUGUUUCAACCAAUUUCUGAGCGAGAGGUUUAUAUCGAUCACGUGACACCGGAGAAGAAAACCGAAAACCCUGACUCGACAGAAAUGGAACAGAAUGACGUUGCAAAAACAGAAACAAAUGCAGAAACGACAUUACCUUCAGACCGCAACAACAAUGCUCCAAUCAUGACGUUAUGCGAGAGCGAGUCAAUCGUGGCGACUUCGUUUUUAACCAAUCAGGGAAAAGUAUUUUGCUUGACUCGAACCAAGCACGAAGCCCCGGUCCUGCAGGGGAAAACCCAGAAAUCUAUACCACGAAAAAUCCCAUCUAAAAUCGAGAUCCCGAAACAAACUGACAAUCAAGAAGAAGGGGUGUGGUAUGGAUUCACAGGUUCCCCACCAGCCGUGAGAUCAGUUCACCCCACAACAGAUCCAAAAAUUGUCAAAGAAACACCCAAAGCCACCCCCACCGCUCAUAUCUCACCACACCCCCAUAAAACGACCCAGGAUAUGACGUCACAAUUGCCACGGAACUUAGACCAAGGGAGACACCAUGCGGGUACAAAUCAACCUUUUGAGCACGUCGACAAAAAACAAUCAGAAAAUUUAGCUAAAUCAAGAACGCAACUCUUAAAUAAUAGCAGUCAAAUAAGUUCUGAAACAAGAGAGCAACCACCCAACAAUCCUGGGUUUUACUCUUUACCCACAAGAGGAGCUAAAGAGAGCACCGGAAAAGCUCCUAAACCAAGCCCACCCCAGCACCGCAAAGUUGAAAUCACGACAUCUGUGGACGACUUGAACGAAGGUCGAUUAUUCCCAUCAAUUUCUCGAAACGCUCCGAACCGCGUAAGUACGCGAUUUAAUGACGUAAAGACAAGGAAUGACGUCAACCCUUCAGAACUAAACGAUGUCAUAAUUCCAGCAAGAAAUAACGUCAUAGCUAGAUCGCGAAAUGACGUCAAAGAAACAGGUAGUGGCGUCACAGCUUCACAGGGAAAUGACGUCAUAGCGACAACGGGAAAUGACGUUUCUGCAAGCAGUUUACGCGCGAGAGUGGAAUCGCUUGUAAGUCAAUAUUGCGAGUCUUCCUCGUCGGAGGAUGAAGAGCCGGAUGAGAGGUACGGAAGCUCCGGACUCGGUUCCCGGCUCCUCCGGAUCGAUAGUCGCGACUCCAUCAACAUGAAGAGGAGAAUGAAGCGGAGGACCUCAUCUCAGGGAAGUUUUACUGGGUUCGAUAGAAGAGCAACUAUUGGAUCUAUAUCGCAGUCAGACCUUCGGGAUGCAGGGAUUAGGAGCGGUCUUCCGUCUCCUGGGGUAAACCCGUUUCGAGGCCAAGAUACUCCGGACAUUCAGCCGUUUUUACAAAGAGCGAAAAGUGAAGAAGUUUUGAAGCAAAACCUCCGCAAAUCUCAGGAAGUCUUUCAGUUUCCUGCUCCGGAAAAGAAGAAGGAGACGCUUCAGGAGAGAGCCGCUCGCAUCCUUGGACUCAGCAGAGAUGAUUUGGAUCAAGCGAGGAAGAACAAGUCCAAGGGUUCUCCGGGAUCCUCCGGAAGACGCGCGGAAGAGAGCGUCGUCUCCAACGAUACCAGUAUCACUACCGUAACAUCCCUAGAUAAGACUUCAUCAGAGGCGUGCGCUAUUAGCGUCACCAACUCUAUGUUAGAAGACAAGUUAAACCAGUACAUGGUGCGCGAUAUACGUCACGAUGACGUCAUCGAACUUUCGAACAGCAGUGAUGACGUCAGCACUUUGUCACGUGACAGCGAGUCCGGCGCGGCGUCCACAAUAGCGGAGGUUGAUUUUUCCGACUCUUCUUCUGGAAUUAAUGAUCUUGAAAGGUUGGAGGUCCCUUCUCUGACUCCGACAGAGUACAAGAUUCCGGAUGACCUUUUUGCUGAUGCGGAUUCUCCGCCGACCCCACGGAAAGAAAUGGGGCAGGCCGGGAUAGUCGCAAGCUAUGCAAAUAGCAUCUAUGACCGUAUGCCAGUCGGGCAUGGGCGAAACUACAGCGACGAAACUACAGAAAGCGAAGAACUAGAUUCGGGAGAUUUCGGAAAUGUUCGUGCAACUUCGGAACAAACUUUGAAAGAUUUUGGAAAUUCCGAUCGUUCCCAAGGCCCUGGUCCGCGAAUGGGGGAAUCACCUGUACCGAUUGCGUCACACAGCGCACCUCUGACGUCAGCAGAGCUUGACAUCAUAAUGCAGUUAUACAACAGCGCGACUGAUAGUGCCUCUGACGUCAGUCGAAGUGACGUUAGUCGUAAUGACGUCACACGAAGGGGCGAAUUGAAGCGCCAAACUGCUACCGACCGGCGUGACGUCACGAAUCAGAAUAGCGACGUCACGAGACGAAAAAUUAACGAAGAAAGACUUAACAGAGUGGCACGAGCGAUCGGUUAUGACGUGGAAAAAAUGAACAAUAAGUCGCGGAAAAGCGACGAAAACUUGGAGAAAAUUGAAGAUUUUGAUAUCAAGGUGUUUCCCCAAAGAAGAGAACAAGUGCCAGUGACGUCACCUGUAGAAAAUAAUGAAAGUAAGUUGAGAAUCACGUGAUAGAAGCAAUGGAAUCUCUUGGCCUUAAUCCAGACGAAACAUGGUUGGUAUCUGUGUGACGUCACAGAUCUCAUCGUGACGUCAUACGACGUUGUUCUUAGUGUGACGUUAUAUGAGGUCAUUGUACUGCAGCCGAGAUUGUUAAAAGCAGUGAAUUUUUUUUCUUAAAAAUCAUGUUUUAUAUGUUCCUAAAUCACUUGUUUUAUAUAAAAACUUGGUUGUUCAGAGAUU